AUGGGCAGGCAGGCCUGGAAGGUGCCAUUGUCAGGUGAUAUGUGGGGGAGAUUUUGGACAAAUCUGUACCCUUUGACAGUCCCCUUUGGAGAGAGACCGAGCAUAGAUGUUACCAAAGAAAUGCAGAACCAGUCCUGGGAUGCAAAGAGGAUAUUCAAGGAGGCUGAGAAGUUCUUUGUGUCUAUUGGCCUUCCUAAUAUGACUCAAGGAUUCUGGGAUAACUCCAUGCUAACUGAGCCAGGCGAUGGCCGGAAAGUGGUCUGCCACCCCACAGCAUGGGACCUGGGGAAGGGUGACUUCAGGAUCAAAAUGUGCACAAAGGUGACGAUGGAUGACUUCCUGACAGCCCAUCACGAGAUGGGGCACAUCCAGUAUGACAUGGCGUAUGCCACACAGCCCUACCUGUUCAGAAAUGGAGCUAAUGAAGGUUUCCAUGAAGCUGUUGGGGAAAUCAUGUCACUUUCUGCAGCUACACCUCACUAUCUGAAAGCGCUUGGUCUUCUGCCCCCUGAUUUUUAUGAAGACAGUGCAACAGAAAUAAACUUCCUGCUCAAACAAGCACUUACUAUUGUUGGAACUCUACCGUUUACCUACAUGUUAGAAAAGUGGAGGUGGAUGGUCUUUAAGGGUGAAAUACCCAAAGAGCAGUGGAUGCAAAAGUGGUGGGAGAUGAAGCGAGAGAUAGUCGGGGUGGUGGAGCCUCUGCCCCAUGAUGAAACAUACUGUGACCCCGCGUGUCUGUUCCAUGUUGCUGAAGAUUACUCAUUCAUCCGAUAUUACACAAGGACCAUUUAUCAAUUCCAGUUUCAUGAAGCCCUUUGUCAAACAGCUAAACAUGAAGGUCCCCUGUACAAAUGUGAUAUCUCGAAUUCCACCGAAGCUGGGCAGAGGCUGCUCCAAAUGCUGCACCUUGGAAAAUCAGAACCCUGGACCUCAGCAUUGGAACGUAUUGUGGGAGUAAAGACUAUGGACGUAAAACCACUGCUCAACUAUUUUGAGCCGUUGUUGACCUGGCUGAAAGAGCAGAACAGGAAUUCAUUUGUGGGAUGGAGAACAGACUGGACUCCAUAUUCUAACCAAAGCAUCAAAGUGAGGAUAAGCCUAAAAUCAGCUCUUGGAGAAAAAGCUUAUGAAUGGAAUGACAAUGAAAUGUACUUGUUCCGGUCAUCUGUUGCGUACGCCAUGAGAGAGUAUUUUUCAAAAGUCAGAAACAAGACCAUUCCUUUUGGGGAGAAGGACGUGUGGGUGAGUGACUUGAAGCCAAGAAUCUCCUUCAACUUCUUUGUCACUUCACCUAAAAAUAUGUCUGACAUCAUUCCUAGAACUGAAGUUGAAGAGGCCAUCAGGAUGUCCCGGGGCCGUAUCAAUGAUGCUUUCCGCCUGGAUGACAGCAGCCUGGAGUUUCUGGGGGUUCAGCCGACACUGGCACCCCCUUACGAGCCACCUGUCACCGUAUGGCUGAUUAUCUUUGGGGUCGUGAUGGGAGUGGUAGUGAUUGGUAUUGUUGUGCUCAUCUUCACUGGCAUCAGAGAUCGAAGAAAGAAAAAUCAAGCAAGCAGUGAAGAAAAUCCUUAUGGCUCCGUGGGCUUGAGUAAAGGAGAAAAUAAUCCAGGAUUCCAAAAUAGUGAUGAUGUUCAGACUUCGUUUUAGAAAAAUCUCUUUUAUUUCCUCUUGAGGUGAUCUUAUUGUAUGUAAAUGUUAAUUUCACAGUACAGAACAUAGGAGAUUAUAAGGAUGUCAUUAAAUGUCAAAGCUGUGUCUCUGUUCAGGAAAAGUUGUCCAAAGAAGACAUGCCUGAGGAGAGGGCAUCUUCACUUGCAUCGCCUUUAGUAUUUGUUUCUGCCUCGGGAUUUGACUUUUCUGUUUCCUGAAAGAGGUGUUUCUAUGUUUCUCUAAGAGAAUAGAGAAACUUUGUCUUUUGCCUCACACGCUGUUCAGGGGUAAUAGAAAUGGAAAUGUCCGUUGUGUUGCUGGAGUUGAAAAGAAAGGAGACAUGGCAGGAGCAGGUGUUGGGCUCUGGUGUGGAACCUGGGUGGAUCACUCUUAAAGACGGUGCCUGUGAACAGACGGAGCUGCAGGGAUGGAGAACAGCACGCACUGUUCACUUGGAUUGAAUUCAAGUGUAAAGGAUGUCAUGCUCUCUUCACAGUAACUUGAUCUAAGUACUCUAGUGAUUUCCCCCAGUGAUGAUUGGACUGGAACAUGCCUUCUUCAGGGUGACAGGGCUACAGAAGAGAGAAGAAUCCAGAGAGCCAUUGGAGGACAUUGCCUUCUCACUUCCAAGCUGCCUGAUCACCAUCUUCCUGACAACAUCAAACUAGCCCCAGGGGCCUCUGUGAACCCCCCUCCGGAGCACCCGUGAUAGAAACUCGCUUCCGCUGCUCUCUAACCGUGGAGUGCAUGGAGAUCCCAACUGAAUGCCACCCUCUGAAGUGGGCUGCCAAUCUCUUAAAUCUUUUGUAUUUGCCCACAAUGUCUGAGUAGUGCUGAGCACGAAGCAGACACUCAGUAAAUACUCGAUUUACACA